AUGGCCAAGGAGGCUUGCAAGGGUGGCAAACGAUCGAAAGAACGUUUCACCGUUCUCCUUUGCACAAACAUGACAGGCACAGGCAAAUUAAUACCGCUUCUUAUCGGCAAAGCGGCUAAGCCGCGCUGUUUCAAACAUUUAAAUAUUAAAGAACUACCUGUUACAUGGCGAUUGAAUCGAACAAGUCAAUACCUUGUCAAACAUGUGUUAUCACGCUACGCCGUCGCCACCUCAUCCGAUGACAUCAUCAUUACAGCACUUGACGCGGUUCACUGGACGAAACGAGCUUGGCAAGCUGUCACUCAAUCAACAAUUUGUAAUACAUUCCGAACGGCAAGCUUUGUCUGUUCAACAAUCGAAAACGUAGACAAUACUACAAUAAAUAGUGACUCUGAUUCCGACGAAGAAAUUCUUACUAACGAUAUUUCAACAGCCUUACAAAAUCUAGAUCUACUUCUUGCUCAUCUCAACAUCGGUGGCACCCAGAGAUGGGCAAGUCAGGCUUUUUUGCCCAAGUCAAGUGAAGUCAAGCCAAGUCACGAGUCACAGUCUUUAGCAAGUCAAGUCUUUUGA